AUGAAUGACUGGUUAAGCCCAGCCCUGUUCAAGGUGAAGAGCCAGAUUCUGUCAUCCAGGGGCUUCCAGACCCAAGCGGGAAUUCGCACCGCCACCACCACGAGCGCUCCUGCGCCUGACGCGGGCCCCGGGUCUCCCAGCACCGCCACCACCACGAGCGCUCCUGCGCCUGACGCGGGCCCCGGGUCUCCCAGCACCGCCACCACCACGAGCGCUCCUGCGCCUGACGCGGGCCCCGCGUCUCCCAGCACCGCCACCACCACGAGCGCUCCUGCGCCUGACGCGGGCCCCGGGUCUCCCAGCACCGCCACCACCACGAACGCUCCUGCGCCUGACGCGGGCCCCGCGUCUCCCAGCACCGCCACCACCACGAACGCUCCUGCGCCUGACGCGGGCCCCGGGUCUCCCAGCACCGCCACCACCACGAGCGCUCCUGCGCCUGACGCAGGCCCCACAACUCCCACCAACAACAACAACACGUGUGCACCUAAUUCUACCACAGGCCCCGCUACUCCUACCACCAACACGAGUACACCUACUCCCUCCACAAAUAUCCCAGGUUCCAGCACCCCUGACCAAGUGGACCCCUGUAAGGAUGGUUCUUCAUUUGUUAAGCUGCAUGUUCGACAUUUUUGCCUGUGUUCAGAAGGGUAUUACUAUAACUCUUCUACAUGCAAUAAAGGAAAGAUAUUCCCUGGUAUGAUUACGGUCCGUAUAUCAUCUACAUCUGACUUAGAAAAUAAAAGUUCUGUGGCCUAUGAGGGAUUAUACCUUAACAUUACCGGAUUUUUCAAAAAUGUAUUUAAAAAUUCUGAUUACGGGCAGACUAUAAUUGAGAAAUUAAGCACAUCUCCUUCAGCGAGAUCUGCAAUGCAUACUGUUGACGUAGCAGUAGUAAACAUUUUUACAGAGACUACAAAACAAACUGAAGAAAACAUAUCACGUACCAUUGAAAAAGCACUUGCACAGAACGCAACUGAAUUUACAGGAUACAUCGAGCAAGAUCGGUGUGAUUAUUAUGGUUGUAAGAAGAAUGAGCAAGAUGACUGCACCAAUGGUUUACAAUGUCAGUGCAAACCGGGGCUGCUGAGACUGAAACCACAGAUCCCUCUGUGUGUUGCUUUGGGUCCAAAGUGUCCUGAUGACUGCACCACAGAGAAGAACAAGCAAUGCCUAGUGAAGAACAGUGAGAACGCUACCUGCGUGUGCCUGCCAGGCUACAAGGAAGAUAAUCAUGAGAUCUGUAAACCGUGUGCGUUUGGCUACAGCGGAGUUGAUUGUAAAGACUCAUUUCAGCUGAUCCUCACGAUCGUGGGCACCAUUGCUGGCAUCCUCAUUCUCGGCAUGGUGAUUGCAUUCAUCUUCUCAGUGAGAUCAAAGAACAAAAGCAGGAAUGUGGAAGAAGAGAACUUGAUUGUAAACGAUUUUCAAAAUCUGAAACUGCAGGAGAGCGGCUUUAGCAAUCUAGGAGCAGAUGGGAGCAUCUUCCCUAAGAUCAGGGUGAACCUGCACAAAGAGAGUCAGCCACAGAAUCCCUACGUAGUCCAGGGUGUUUAUUUGUUCGGCUUCACGGAAACCGCCAGCAGCGCGUCGCCUCGCGGUAACACUCGCCGGUGCCUCCGUCCCUCCGGCGAGCGCGGCUUCGGGAGGACUAGACUGCCACGGCACGAUUCCCCGCUGCCCGCCCCGGACCCGCUCUCUCUCCUUAAAUCCAGCAACCCCAAGUAUAAUCUCGGCUCGUCCGUGGAGCGUGCCCCUCCCCCUUCCCGUAGGUGCUAG